GCCCACGCGUCCACCGAGUAUCGCUACCACAACAACGAGGAGAAGCAGGAGGCUCGGCUGAGCUCUUAUUUUCUUUGUUUCUGUGUUGCUCGAAGAAAACUCUUACAUAAUCAUAAAUCCUACGGAAAAUAGGAAAUUCUAGUAAAUAAAGGGUAGUAUCGCUCUGUUGUCGCUCUCAUCCUCAAUAAUUGAAUCAAGAAUCGAAACGAAAACGACAUGGUGAAGGUGCGUAUGAACACGGCCGAUGUGGCCGCUGAAGUCAAGUGUUUACGGAGGUUAAUCGGCAUGCGUUGCUCCAAUGUCUACGAUCUCUCUCCCAAGACUUAUGUGUUCAAGCUUAUGAAUAGUAGUGGAGUCACAGAGUCCGGAGAGAGCGAGAAGGUUCUACUGUUAGUGGAAAGCGGUGUUCGUUUACAUACUACUGCUUAUACAAGGGAUAAGAAAAAUACUCCGUCUGGUUUUACUUUAAAAUUGAGGAAGCAUAUACGUACCAGAAGGCUUGAGGAUGUGCGCCAACUUGGAUAUGAUAGGAUUAUUUUGUUUCAAUUCGGAUUGGGUGCAAAUGCGCAUUAUAUUAUACUGGAGCUGUAUGCCCAAGGAAAUAUCCUGCUCACGGAUUCUGAAUUUACUGUCUUGACUCUACUCCGGUCCCACAGGGAUGAUGACAAAGGAGUUGCUAUCAUGUCACGCCAUCGUUAUCCAACAGAGAUUUGUCGGGUUUUUGAACGAACUACAGUUUCAAAGUUGCAUGAGGCCCUUACAUCUUCUAAAGAUCCUGACAAUGAUGAACCUGAUAAUGUUAAUAAAGUUGGAAAUAAUGCAUCUGAUGCAUCAAAAGGAAAGCAGGGUGGCAACAAGGGUGGGAAGUCUUCUGAGCCUAGUAAAAAUACUAGUGGUAGUUCUUGUGUCAAACAAGCCACGUUGAAGACUGUUCUUGGGGAGGCAUUGGGUUAUGGACCAGCUCUCUCUGAGCAUAUCAUUUUAGAUGCUGGUUUGGUUCCAAAUACUAAAGUUUCUAAAGAUAAGAAGUUAGAUGAUGAUGCAAUUCAAGUUUUGUCCACAGCUGUUUCAAAGUUUGAGGACUGGCUACAGGAUGUCAUUUUGGGUGAUAAAGUUCCUGAAGGAUACAUUUUAAUGCAGAAGAAAAACUUGGGGAAGGACUGCCCUCCUUCUGAGUCUGGAAGUUCUAGCAAGAUCUAUGAUGAAUUCUGCCCCCUGUUGUUGAAUCAAUUCAAGUCAAGGGAGUUUGUGAAGUUUGAAACAUUUGAUGCGGCUUUGGAUGAGUUUUACAGCAAAAUCGAAAGUCAAAGGGUGGAACAACAGCUGAAGGCAAAAGAGGGUGCUGCCUUUCAGAAACUAAAUAAAAUCCGUGUGGACCAGGAAAAUCGUGCCCAGACACUGAAGAAAGAAGUUGACCGUAGUGUUAAAAUGGCGGAAUUGAUAGAGUACAACUUAGAAGAUGUUGAUGCUGCUAUAUCAGCUGUUCGUGUAGCUCUUGCAAAUCGCAUGAGUUGGGAGGAUCUUGCUCGUAUGGUGAAGGAAGAGAAGAAAUCUGGGAACCCUGUGGCUGGCCUAAUUGACAAGCUCCAUCUUGAAAGGAACUGCAUGACUUUGCUGUUGAGCAACAAUCUUGAUGAAAUGGAUGAUGAUGAAAAAACACUCCCUGUGGAAAAGGUUGAAGUUGAUUUGGCAUUUUCAGCGCAUGCAAAUGCUAGGCGGUGGUAUGAACUGAAGAAAAAACAGGAGAGCAAACAGGAAAAGACCAUUACAGCACAUGAAAAAGCUUUUAAAGCUGCUGAGAAGAAGACUCGUCUCCAGGUUCUGCAGGAAAAAACUGUUGCCACAAUUUCACAUAUGCGCAAGGUUCACUGGUUUGAGAAAUUUAAUUGGUUCAUCAGCAGUGAGAACUAUUUGGUUAUUAGUGGACGUGAUGCUCAGCAAAAUGAGAUGAUAGUCAAGCGUUAUAUGUCAAAAGGAGAUCUGUAUGUCCAUGCAGAUCUGCAUGGAGCUUCUAGUACUGUAAUCAAGAAUCACAGGCCUGAACAACCUGUACCUCCACUCACUUUAAACCAAGCUGGAUGCUUCACGGUUUGUCACAGCCAAGCAUGGGAUUCAAAGAUGGUCACUAGUGCCUGGUGGGUUUAUCCUCAUCAGGUUAGUAAAACUGCUCCUACGGGGGAAUAUCUUACAGUUGGAAGCUUCAUGAUUCGUGGGAAGAAGAACUUUCUUCCUCCACACCCUCUUAUUAUGGGCUUUGGAUUGCUCUUCCGCUUGGAGGAGAGUUCCUUAGGAUCACAUUUAAAUGAAAGGAGGGUUCGAGGAGAGGAGGAAGGGAUGGAUGAUGGUGAAGAAAGUGGACCUGUUAAUGAAAUUUCCGAGUCUGAAUCAGAGAAAGAUGCCAUGGAUGAAAAACUGGCUUUAGAAGGUGUAUUGGUGGCUGAUUCUGUUCAUAAUGGCUCAACUGAUUCAAAUGCAAGAGCUACUUCUUCUCAUGAAUCUCCUGUUGAAGACAAAUCAAUCGAAAAUGGUGUUGACGGUGAGGUAUCUGAUGUUGCUAGAACUGGUGUUUCUCCAGUUACUCCAGAACUUGAAGAUCUUAUUGAUAGAGCUCUUGGUCUUGGAUCUACUGCUGUAUCAAGUACAAAGUAUGGCCUUGAAACAACUCAUGUUGAUUUGGCUGGGGAAGAUAACCAUGAAGAGAAGAAAGCUACAGUUCGAGAUAAACCAUAUAUUUCAAAAGCUGAAAGAAGAAAGCUUAAGAAAGGUCAGGACAGUAUUGUUCCAGAUGCAAAGGUUGACCAGCAAAAGAAAAAAGGAAAAGGAAAUGAUGUUUCUGCUUCCCAGACUGAAGCAAGUGUUAAAAAUGAAAAGCCUGAUGGUGGAAAAAUCAGUCGUGGGCAGAAAGGUAAACUCAAGAAGAUGAAGGAGAAGUAUGCCGAUCAAGAUGAGGAAGAGAGGAAAAUUCGGAUGGCAUUACUAGCUUCUGCUGGUAAAGUUCAAAAAGAUGAUGGGGAGUCAGAAAAUGGAAAUGGAGAUGCAGCUAUCGACGAAGGGAAGAAACCUGCUGGCGGUUCUGAAGAUGCUCCAAAAAUAUGUUACAAAUGUAAAAAAGUUGGUCACUUGUCUCGGGAUUGUAAAGAACAUCCAGAUCAUGCCUCAAAUGGUCGGGCAAAUAGUGGAGUUGAACGUAAUUCCCAUGCAGGUAUGGAUGAUACCGCUGAGAUGGACAGAGUGGCGAUGGAGGAGGAUGAUAUUCAUGAGAUAGGUGAAGAAGAAAAAGGGAGAUUAAAUGACGUGGAUUACCUGACUGGGAAUCCUCUGCCGAAUGACAUUCUCUUAUAUGCUGUGCCUGUUUGUGGCCCUUACAGUGCAGUGCAGUCUUACAAAUACCGUGUGAAGAUAAUUCCUGGCACUGCAAAGAAAGGGAAAGCUGCAAAGACUGCCAUGAAUUUGUUCACCCACAUGCUGGAAGCGACACAAAGAGAGAAGGAAUUAAUGAAAGCAUGUACAGAUCCUGAGUUGGUUGCUGCAAUUAUUGGAAAUGUGAAGGUCACUGCUGCAGGCCUUACUCAAUUGAAGCAAAAGCAGAAAAAGGGCAAGAAGAACAACAGCAAAGAGAAAACUCAGAAAAGUUAACAAGCUUAAUCUGAAAAAGCGACCUCUGUGACGACAAUUAAUUUUUCAGAAAUUU